CAAAAGAAUUGCACUACCGGUACAGUACAUCGCAACAAACAGCCAUUCAACGCUAACUCACAAAACAAAACAAACAAUCGAUUGAUUCCAUCGAAAGUCCUCGUUCUGCUCCAUCCGUUCCUUCCGAGUGCCCAACCUCACCGCACCGCACCCAUGCGUCCAUUCGAGCAAACAAUGAGGAAAACCCUAUCCAACCGUCCGGGAACGGCGCUCGCAUGCGCAGCAGCGCUGCUCCUGCUGCUAUCGGCCACAGCCACGACGGUGUCGGCCUAUGCCGACCCCCGCAGUAGCAGCGGCAGCGGAAGGAAGACCACCGAUUUUAUCGACUGCAACGAUCCCUGCAACGGUGGAGACGUCAACUACGAACUGGUGGCGAGCGUUCAGACGAUAAAACUGGCCUUUGGCAACCACACCUUCCGCGGGAGGACCUUUGCCCGUCCCGAUCCAACCACGAACCGGGUACGGGAGGGAGGAAACAACCACAUGGGACCCACGCUGACGGUGAAGCCCGGCCAGUCGAUGCACAUCAAGUUCCGCAACGAGCUCUUUCCGGAAGAGACGGAGGGCCUCCUCCCGAAGAACGUCACCCUGUACGACUACUGGUCCCGGCUGAUCACCCCCGGCGAAAAGAUCAAGUACGAGUACUACAAAAAGCCCGUCGACGCGCCCGAGCUGAUGGAGGUCGAUUGGUCCAACAUCCCCGGGAACUUCGACUGGACCAACCUGCACCUGCACGGGCUGGACGUCCAGGUCCACAUGUUCGAUCCGGUGGGAACGCACGAUCCAAGAGCCCCCCACGUGGCCAUCGGCCCGGGCUCGUGCUACUGCUACAGGUUCGACGUCCCGGAGGACCACCCCGACGGCCUCUACUGGUACCACCCGCACCUGCACGGCUCCUCGGCCGUCCAGCUCUGGGGCGGCAUGAUGGGCCUGGUCAAGGUGGAGGGGAAGCUCAUGGAGGAUCUGGAGCGGUACAACGUGAGGGACAGCCGGGACUUUGUCAUCUGGGACCCGGCCCUCCAGAGCGUCAAAGACGCCAAGCCCGACGCGGACCACGACGUCGAGGUCGACGAGUUCCUGGCGGGCCAGACGACCCUCUCCAAGAUCCACCCCUUUCUGGUCAACGGGGAGAUCACCCCCGUUUUUGGCGGCGUGGGGGUCGGGGAGGUCCUCCACCUCCGCGUCUUGUGCGGGACGAUCGAGAACGAAAACACCUUCAUCGUCUACAAGAAGGCCCCCCCCGGCGAGGAGGUCGACUACGCCACCUACGACUGGAAGGAGCACGCGGUGCCCUUUUACGUGGUGGCGAGCGACGGGGUGACCCACGGGGGGCAACCCCGCAGGAGGGAGGUCCUGGUCCUCGCCGGUGGCCAGCGGGAGGAACUCCUCCUGGUCUUUGACGAGCCCGGCGAGUACGUCGUCUCCCAGCAGGGCAUCCAGGGCAUGCAGUUCUUUGACAUGUACGGGCACCCCCACGACCAGCUCCUCGCGGAGAUCCACGUGGAAGAGAGGCCGGGCGGCGACCGCCUGCCCACGGUCCCCGUCGGGGAGAUGGUCUUUGCGCCGGGCUACCGGCCCGAGGAAACCAUCGAGUCGCACCAGAUCUCCCGGACGGAAACCAUCGUCUUUAGCAUGGGGACCAACCGGGACACGGCACCCUUUCCGCAGUACUACAUCAACGGGAAAGCCUUUUCGCCGGACCGCCUCGACUUUCGGGCCGAUCCCGGCGAGGCCGUCGAGUACAUAUUGGUCAACGCCAACCACAACUACCACCCGGUGAGUGGGACGAUCCGGGCGGCACACUGCUCUUGCUUUGGUUUGGUUUGGUUUGGUUUGGUUCUGCUGGUUGGUUGUUGCGUGUUUGCCGGUUGCCUGUUUGUUUUUUGAUUGGUUUGUUGCUUGUUUUCGCUCCGUGAGGGUUUCAUGCGCUGGAGCCUCGGCUCACGCAACUUUGUUUCCUGCUUGCCGCACACACUCACACAUACACACACACAACAGUUUCACAUCCACGUCAAUCGCUUCCAGGUCAAACAAAUGGGGUCCGAGCUGUCCUCGAAAAAGUACCCCAUCCUGGACGAGAUGACCGACUUUGACCAGGACGUCUGGCGGGACACGGUCGCCGUCCCCCCCAACGGCCGGACCCGCAUCUGGGUCCAGUACAAGAACUACACCGGCAAGACGGUUCUGCACUGCCACUUUUUGGCGCACGAGGACACCGGGAUGAUGGCCACCCUCUUCAUCGGGCCGCCGGAAGAGUUUGGGGCCGAGGGGUCCAUCCCCGGCCUCCUGCUGGGGUCCGGGAUGGGCCUGCUGGUGGGGGCGGCGUUUCUGGCGCUGGCGGGCCUGCUGUGGGGCGGGAUGGGGCCGUCGCACCGGCCCUACGGGCACUACCUCUACUCCCGCGCGGCCAUGAACGAGCUCAAGGCGAGCGCCGCGUCCAAGACGCUGGAUUGAUCGGGGGUCCGUCGGAAACGAAACACCAGAGCGGUUGGUGCAAAGCCUCUUGCAGCGGGGGUCGGAACCAGGGAAGGGUCAGCUCGGGGGGCUACCAAGCAAGGCCAAACCGACGGUGGCUCGUCGUAGCAUAGUGAUGCCUUCAAAGACGUCUUCUGGGACGCCGAGAGCAUCCAAGAUUAUUUUGCAUCGAAACAGAGGGCAAGAAUACUUUCCGUGCCCUUCGCCAAGGCCAGAAAAAUGCCGUGCAAUAUUGAUUGCGACUACAAAUUUUUGAAAUCCAUCGGCAUUCUCGCGCAACUGAGAGCCAACGUUGUUGAUUUGGCGAGGGAUGUGAUGACCCGCAUACAAAAAAGAGUUUACAGUCACAUUUGAUGAGAAGUGGUUUGAGGUACACCCGGGGAAGCUAGUAUCAUUGAAACGAAGCGAUAGAAAUCUCUGUCUCUUCUUCUACAGAAAAGCAGCGAAACCGGGCUUGUUGCCGGGACGAAGGAACAGAUACGGCGGCAACUAAGCGAUGGUGGAUGCCACGGUGAAGCUUUGUGAUGUCGGGAAAAGGAAGAUGAUUCUUUGUGAGGCUAAAUCCCGAGUAGCUAGUGAAUAAACUCACUCCUCUAUAGUAAACCACGUAUUAACAC